AUGACUUGUGAGGGAAAGCCAGUUGCAGCUUUUACAAUCUACAAAUGUCUUCUCCAAUGUAAAUCUUUUGAGCCUGGAAGAACUAGUGUCUUUGAUCGUCUCAUACAGAUGAUUGAUUCAGAAAUUGAGAAAAGUCUGAAGGCUAGGAAACCACCUCCAUCUCCCUAUGGGCGGAUGACUCCGGUUUUUCUCACAUCCCUUCCUUCUGCAAAUCAUCCUGAACCUGCCGAUGAGGGAGUGCGCCAAGUGGAAGCUAAGGUCCCUGCAUCACUUUUUAAGCAGCAGCUUGCAACCUAUGUGGAGAGAAUAUAUGGCAUACUUGGAGACAAUUUGAAAAAGGAGCUAUCAUCAUUUCUUUCUUUGUGUAGCCAGGCACGAAGAAGAGAAGAGGGUGUACCAAGAAGCUCAUUGGUAGAGGAUUAUUGA